AUAAAUAUAUGUUCGUUUCACAAUCCAAGGUCUUAGAAUAAUGUCUAGUAGAUAUCACCAAACAAGUCUUGGGAGAGUAGAUGGAUAGAGAAAACAGAGUAGCCGUUCUUAAUCGAAUUAAGGAGAUUACACUUGAGACCUUCCAAAGACACUAUUCCGAAGAGGUACUCCUAUUGCAACAAGAAUUGCGUUAACAAUCUCAGUCAAAUGAUAGAAUCAAAAGAGAGUAUUAGGAUAGAGAAUAACAAUUGAUCAUAGAUUUAGAACACAAAUUGCAUGAGCAGUAGAUACUAUAAUUAUAGGAGAUUAAGAGACUCUAAUUAUUAUGUGAUGAGUAGAUUGAUCUAAACAAUAAGUAAUAACUAAUCAUUGAGAAACUCAAUAAAUAAAUCAGAGAAUCCAAUCUGACUAACCAACAAUUAGGCUUAGAACUCCAACAACUGAAGGAUAAUCAAUAGUCAUUUGAUAGACAAUCGAGAUAUAUUUCAUUAGAGGGAUAAGAAUAUAAGUAAAAAGCAGAAUAAUUACAAUCUGCCUAUUCUGUUCUGGAAUAGUAGUUCAAAUCAGUGAAAUUGGAAUCUGACAAAUAGUUGAAGGACUAUUAACGAAAAUUGUAAACAGUAACAGAUUAACACAUUCUGUAAGAAAGUGAGUUGUCUAAUCUUAAGUUGGAAAUUGAAUAACUCAAAAUCAAAAAAUAAUAAGAAGCACAAAAAUCAAAAGAAGUCUUGGAACAAAUGAAAGAAAAAAACCAAAUAAAAAUUAAAGAAUAUAAAGUUAAAUUGAAAGAACUUCAAAAUAAGGAUCAACAUAUUGCUGAACUAUAAGAACAAAUCAAAGAACUUGAACAAUAGGUUGAAUUCUAAUCGAAUCAACAUAGAUAAGCCAUCAAGGAUAAAUAGUAUUCAAGAUUGGAGGAAAAUUUAGAAUAAGAAAAGUUAGAUCUAUAAUAACAUCUAACGUAAAGUUUAGAAUGUACUGUUUCUGAAAAGGACAAAGAAAUUCUAGGAUUGAGUUAAGACAUAAAAUAAUUAAAAAUACAAAUAUAAAAUGAAUAAGAACAAAAGUAAAAAAGUAAUUCAAAAUUUGAAGAACUCAUUUAAACUUAUAAGAAAUAAAUGGAGGAAUUACAAAAUUAAAAUUCAGAAUUAAAAUAGAAAUAUAAUUAAAUUGAAUAAGAAAUCAAUAAAAAAGAUUAAAAUCUAAAAUUGUUAUUAGCUGAUGUUGAUGAUUUGAAAUCAUUUUCAGAACAAACCUUAACUACAUUGAAGGAAAAUCAAGAUUACAUGAGUGAAAUUGAGAGAGAAAAAUAAUAACAAUAAGAAAUCAUUAUGGCUAUUCAACAUUAAUUGGAAAUAGAAAUCUAAGGAUCAUUCUCAUAUUAAAGAUUAGGACAGGAAUUGGAACAAAGAUGCAAAUUGUAUAAACAAGAGCAUUCUCAAUUAUUAGAGGAAUAAUUGAAGUAGUAAACAUUACAUCAAUAGGAAAUCCAAUAGAAAGAAUUAAGAUUUAAGUAAGAAGUAGAAAAUUUGAUUUAAGAACAUCAAUUAAUUGUUGAAAACUUUGAAAACUAAUUGAAGAAACUGAAAUUAGAAAGUAAAUUGCUGAAUGAAGAAUAAAUAAGAGCAUAUAAUCAACUCUAAAAGGAAUUAUUCUAAAAAAGCUAGAAGUUUGAACAAUUGGAAAAGUAGAACAAUAGUUUAGUACAAGAAUUAGAAUCCUAUAUAUCACAAUAUACUCUUACUUUAUAAUAAUUAGAAGAACAAAAAGUAAAGGAGAAGAUCUUAAUUGAAAAUUCUAUAAAAAAUCAAAAUGUGUUUAAUACAGAAAAACAAUAAUUAAUUAAACAAAUUGAUGAAUUGAAAUUUAAAUUUAGAUCGGUUAAAUAAUAGAUACAAAGAGUGUUUAUUAGGUAAAAAGAGUAAUUAAAUUUGUAACUCUUCGAAAUGAAAUAAGUCAUUUUGAAUAAACUAAAACAAUAUGAUUCUGAAAAUAGGCAACUUAUAUUGAGUUCUGUUAAAAAAUUCAAUUAUUUAAUUGAUCAAAGUGUGUAAAAGGAAAAGAGGGAAAAUGAUAUUCUGGUUAUUGAACUAUAAAAUGAGAUGGAAAAGAAGAUUGAACAAUUAAAAAGAUAAUACAAAUAGAAUGAAUAAUUAAUACAAGAAGAGGCUCAGAUUAAAUUUAAACAAAAAUUGUAAUAGAUUUAACAGCAAGAUCAAUCAGUUGACGAUCUCAGAAAUUAGUUGAACUUCUACAUUUAAGAGAAUGAUCAUCUAUCUCAGAAACUUUAAGUGUAGGAUUAACUUAAUAGGGAAUAAUAAAAGAAAUUAGAAUAUGAAUAGAGAUAACUUCAAUAGACAAUUAAGGAAUUAGAAAAUGAAUUAAUUUAAAUUCAAUAAUCAGCUGAUUACACUUUGAAGGAGAGAUAAUUUCUCGAAUAAAGAUAUAAUGAUCUUAAGGACAAAUCAGAAAAGAAAAUGGAUUAAAUCUAAAGAGAUUACCAGUCGUAAAUAUAAUAACUUGAAACCAUUAUCCAACCAGUUCAAUAAAGAGCUCUAUCUCCUCCUUUGCAUUAACACUCCUUAUCAUCAAGUUAAGGCUUCCAUCGCUCUCCAGCUAUGUAGUAAAAUCUAUCAUCUGCUAAAUAACCAUAUAACAAACCUCCAUAAUACAAUAGUCCAUCCAUUCGAACACCUCAUAAGUCUCCAUCAAAUGAUAGAACUGAGAAAACAAUUGAAGAAUUGAGAGCUGAGAUUUAACAAUAAAAGGAGAAACUUUCAAAAAUGAAACUCAAUUUUACGGAAUCUCAAAAAAAAUCUAAAACACUAUCAAAGUUUUGA